GUCACUGGUGUCCCUUACACAUUGUCACAAAGAACGAUGCCAGACUGGCAGUCCCAUCAUGACCGACCCACUUCCCUUUCACACCCGCAUGAGAUACUUUCAAAAAGAGAAACUUUUAAGCGCUAUAGCUAAGACAACACGCAUUCCUUUGGGGGCCCCAUGUAUCUUAACAACACCACAGGAAGCAAAGACUCGUGUCUUCCAAGGAACACAUCACGGCCUGCAAACAUCUCAACUCCCACAGCUUUCUUCUUCACCACAUCGUACGAUCAUGGUGUAUUAAACACUUUCAUGCGACACAAUACCUAUGACAAGGGGUCCGAGAUUAUAACUCGCCCGCAGCAGCGUUCAGCAGGAACCGACAUAGCACUUGGAACAUGGAGCAGCAAACAUCGAACGGCACAAUGACAUAGAAAACCUCCACGGGAGGAAUCGUUGCUAGCAG